AUGGCAGUCUCCAAGCUGUCUCUGCUGCUGGCCGGCGUCGCUGGAGCUUCCGCCUACAUCGCGGCGCCAGCAAGAGGCUAUGGCCAAGAGCUGCUGAGCUCCAUCGCGCACUCCAUCGCACACCCCAAGCUCCAGUGCGAGUUGCCACCCGUUCUCGAUCCCAAGGGCGAUGGUCUCCCUUCCGCCGACGAGCUCUUCUCGUCCGACUCGGCGCGAGAUCUGCAGGUCAAGCGCCUUCAGGCCAUCGUGCAGGUCCCCUCUGUCUCGUACGACGACCUGGGUCCCGUCGGCGAGGAUGAGCGCUGGGCGCCCUUUUUUGACCUCCACGAUGUCAUCAACAAGACUUUCCCCAAUCUGCACAAGAAGGCCAAGGUUGAAAAAAUCAACACUCUCGGCCUCCUCUACACCAUUAAGGGUUCCGACGAGUCGCUUAAGCCGGUGCUGUUGAUGGCUCACCAGGAUGUCGUCCCGGUUGCUGAUGAGUCGACAUGGACGUACCCGCCAUUCGACGCCGUGUACGAUGGCAAACUGAUCUGGGGCCGCGGAACAUCAGACGACAAGAACAGCCUCACCGCGGUCCUGUCGGCUUUCGAGGCUCUGCUGUCCAACGACGACUGGGCGCCGAAGCGCACCUUUGUGCUCGCCUUUGGAUUCGACGAGGAGUGCUCGGGCUACCGUGGCGCUGGUGAAAUUUCCGCCGUCCUCAAGGAGCGAUACGGCAAGGACAGCUUUGCCGCCAUCCUGGAUGAAGGCGGCCUCGGCCUGCUGGAAGUUGGCAACGCCCUCUAUGUUCUCCCAGCCGUGACCGAAAAGGGCCACAUUGACAUCUUCUUCGAGCUGGACGUUGUCGGUGGCCACAGCUCGAUUCCCUUCCCUCACACGGGCAUCGGCAUCAUUGCCGAGAUCAUCACCGAGCUCGAGUCCCACCCCUUCAAGGCUCAGCUGAUUGAGGAUGGCCCGGUGCACAACCACCUGCAAUGCCAGGCUCGCUACUCGCCCGACGCGCGUCCGGAGCUGACAGAGCUGGUUCGCCAGGGUGACUUGGAGGGUCUUACCCAGUGGCUGGUCAGGGACGGCCGGUCCACGCAGUACGUUGUCCAGACGUCGCAGGCCGUCGACUUCGUCAACGGGGGGCAGAAGAUGAACGCCAUGCCGGAGAAGACCAUUCUGGGCGUCAACUACCGAGUCGCCCACCACAACAGCCUUGCCGAGGUGCAGCACAACGCCGUUCGAAGAGUCGCCAACAUUGUCAAGAAGUACGGCCUGACGCUCAAGCCCUACGAGGGCGACGACGACUACGAGAAAUAUGUCGCCGGCCUGGGACCUGAGGAGAAGGCCGUCGAGUCGGAAGAGGUCAUCGACUACAAGGGCACGCUGAUUCUGUCGACCAGAGGCAAAUCCCACCCCAGUCCCAUUUCUCCCACGAGCGGUGCCGCCUGGGACGUGUUUGCCGGUACCGUUCGACACACCUUUGCGUUUGACAAUGGAACUGUUGUUCCCACGGGGGAGAUUAUGACGGGCAACACGGACACCCGCCACUACAUUGGUCUUUCGGAGAACAUUUGGCGCUUCACCCCUGACCGAUUCCAUGCUGAGAACAACAUCCACACGAUCGACGAGCAUUCGCGGGUGGAUGGACACAUUGAGAUGCUCAAGUUUUACUACGACUUUGUGCGCAACUUUGACGCCGCCACCAAAAUCUAA